AUGCUUGGUUAUGAGGAACGACGGCGCAUUGAGCGUGAGAAGGCUGAAGAGGAACUUAGAGUUUUGAAAGAGCGACAACAGCUUCGUAAGGCCCAGAGGCUUGAGGAAGAACGUGAAUUCGCUGAAAAACUCCGACAAGAAGAGGAGAAACGUCGUCAUGAAGAGGAAGUUAGAAAAGCCAAACAGGAAGAAGAAAAGCUCAGGAAAGAAGCCGAAAGGCGUAAACGUCAAGAAAUGAUGGCGGGCUCUUUCGGCACUGCAGCCCGAGGCGAUGCUGGCAAAAACUACGUCAUUUCGAAGGCAGACAGAAAAGAGAAGUUCGGCAAUCUAGCUCAAGCUAGAAGUGCAGAGCUUGAGGCACAGAAGCAAGAGAACAAAAAAGCGUUUUUAGCGCAGGUAUCUCGAGUUCGGGCUGACACAUCUGAUAUGCUUGUUAACGACUUGAGGGAGAGAAUCAAGCGUUUACAUGCACAAAUUGUUCGGUUAGAAGCUGAAAAAUAUGACUUGGAGAAACGACAUGAAAGUCAAGAAUACGACCUUAAAGAACUACACGAACGGGAGAAACAAAUGGCAAGAAAUAAGGCAUUAAAGAAGGGUUUGAAUCCGGAAGAAGCUUCAGCCUCACUUAUUCCUCCGAAGAUCAAUGUGGCUUCCAAAUUCGACCGACAAAUUGAUCGUCGUUCGUAUAGUGACAGAAGAAAUCUUUACGAAAAUCCGGUGAUUCCAAGAGCUCCAAAAUUAGCUCGAGGCACGGCUCGACCACCGCCGGAAUGGGGACGGCGUGUUAAUGAAGAAUUAGAAACAAUUAGGAAAAACCUUGAACCACCGAAGUACGUAGAACAGAUCAAGGUGGAAGAUGCUCGACCACCUGUUGAGCCAAAGCCACUGGUACUGCCCGGUGAGGGUGACACCGAUGAAGAGCCGGAGAAGGAGCUGGAACUGAAAGCAGAAGAAGAGCGGCCGGAGGAGCCUGAACCGGUGAAAGCGAAACCAGCAGUUCCUGCAAAGAAACGUGUAAAGUAA